CGAUGAGACCACAAGACAGCCAGCGGGCGCGCGAGGAGGCAGGUUGGGUCCCUUCCUCCGAGGUUCGCGUUGUUAAUGUCCGAGGAGCUCAGCGGUUCUGCCGAGAAAGUUGCGACCGAACCCAACCCCCCCUUCCCCCACCCAAUCACACGAAGCAGGAGGAGGAGGAGCGGACGGGGCGAAGGGGAGAUGUUGAGGACACUUUCUGUGGAAAAUCACUGACCUUUACCGCCGCGAGCACUUUUCAAACCGGCGUUACACCGCCAGCAUUCCCGGGUAGAACAUACAGGCGGUCGGGCAGCUAGCGGUAGCCGCCAUGUUGGGCAGGGCGCUCCUGAGCAGAGGCGUCACCGCCCACCGCCUUGCCAAGAACGUGACUCUCUACGUCAACGAGUCGGUGCCUCCGGCGUCCGAAUGCCGGGCCGAAGUCCGCGAAGACCACAAACCCGUUCUGCUCAUGCUGCCCUGGCUGGGAUCACGUCCCCAGGCUCUGGCUAAGUACUGUGACAUCUACUUCCGCACCGGCUACGAUGUGCUCGUCGUAGAGAGUCAGGUACAGCAGUUUGUGUGGCCUCGCUGGGGACUCGAUAAUGGAAAGAUGCUGCUGGAGUUGCUCCAGAGUGAACGCUUUGUGUCCCGCCCGCUGCUCGUCCAUGCCUUCUCUAUUGGCGGCUACACGUUCACUCAGCUGCUGGUUCACAUCUCCCAGGACACACAGAAGUAUCAGGCGCUCACACAGAGGAUCAAAGGCCAAGUCUACGAUAGCCUUGUGGUGGGCUCGGUGGAGAUGAUGGCAAUAGGUCUAGGUAAGACUGUGUUUCCUCGAUUUGAGACAUUGGUAAAACAAGUAAGCAUGUCAUACUUUAACAUGUUCAAACGCCAAACGGUGGACUACUACAACACAAGCAUUGGUACUUUUUGGAACAACCCCAUCACAACCCCUGCGCUGUUCUUCUUUUGCGAGAAUGACGCAAUGAGCAACUCGCAAGCUAUGGAGGAUCUGAUUGAUCACUGGCGGAAGCGCGGGGUGGACGUCAAAGCCAAGAAGUGGGAGGACUCAACACAUGCAGGUCACCUGAAGAGACACCCACAAGAGUAUCUGACCUCUCUGGACACGUUCCUUCAGUCUCUCCGCUUAGACCCACUGAAGGCUAAAAUGUAAGAUGAUGUCAUUACACCACAUGUUAGCAUAUGAUGUGUUGGGAUAUGCCGACUGGAGUGACGCAACUCCUAACACACGUCUGUUUAAUGACAUUUUAUUUAGGGAAAAUUUAGAUAUCUUGUUUUUUGAAGGGCAACCAGUAUAAAGUACUGGAGAAAACUCACCACAGCUGAGUCAUACUGAUUUAGUUUACUUGAAUUACUGAAAACAAGGAGCAAAGUAUGAGGGGAGGUGGAGAAAUGGUAUCUUGUAGGUUGAUGUAACCGCAAAGAUCAGAAUGAUUAUAUGUAAAGAGACUUAUAAUACAGGUUGAAAAUCAAAAGUAGGAAAGUUCUUUACAGUAGCCUUAAUGCAUGCACUAUUUUCUACGGUGUCGAAGCCAAAUCUCUUAACUUGCAAUACCGUUCAAAGGUUUGGGGUCACCCAAACAACUUUGUGUUUUCCAUUUAAAAAAAAUAUAGUCAAGACAUUGACAACGUUAGAAAUAAAUAAAUAAAUAGAUAUUUUUAUUUGAAACAUUAAUUUUGUUCUGCGUCUCUGAAAUGUUCUUCUGUGUGAGCCCAACACCUCAAACUUUGAUUCGUCUGUCCUUAACCCUUUUCUCCAAUCUUCUUCUGUCCAAUGUCUUUGUUAUUUUGCCCAUAUCAAUCUUUUCUUUUUAUUGGCCAGUCUCCGAUAGGGCUUUUUAAGUGACCCCAAACCUUUGAACGGUAGUGUAUAUUUAUAUAAAUGACUCCGGAGACUUGACUUGAAGAUUUCUGACGGUCUACCACUGCCUAGAAGAAUCGUAUUCUUCCCCCCAAAAAAACCUUGGUUGAGUGUUUGCAAUGCUGAUCAAGACACAGACGGUAUAUUAAGCCUCAGUGGUAAACCUUUUAUGAACUGACGACAUCUGAUUGUUUUAACCCCUUUUAUAAAGCAUCGAAAUCUCAGAAUCGUGUGCUAUUGACCUCGUGUUGAUAAUGUUAUAAUUUGACAUUGUUACAUUUCUUAUUUGUGCAAUAAAACAACUAAAUACCCCGUCAA